CUUGGUUCUGUGUGAAGUUCUCGAGCGUGCGCACAUCCACCUCCACUAACGCACAAAGCGCUUCUGCUCAGGUUACUGUAAAUGAGACCUCCAGUCUUACUACAAUUACCUGUUUAAUGGACUAAAUAGCCAGGAGGACCAGAAGCCAUAAUAUGAAGAAACGCUACAUGGACAUAGGCAGGCUACGGAAAAUGAAAAAGAUUAAACUGACAGAGAAGCUUUCCGAAAGCGCAUACUCUGUUCUGAAGUUCAUGAUUGUCUGGAUGCUGGUGCUGUUAGCUGACUUUGUUCUGGAGUUCAGACUGGAAUACCUGUGGCCAUGUUGGCUCUUUCUAGGGACCGUCUACACCACAUUUCACUGUCAUGGACUGGCCAUCUGUGUGGUUUUCGUGUGUGCAGCAUUUACCCUGGACUUAUUCUGUUUAAUAUUUGUACCCUUACACUGGCUGUUUUUUGCAGCCAGUACAUAUGUCUUACUCAACUAUAUGUGGCAUACAGAAAAGGGGAUCUGUAUGUCAACUGUGACAUUAUGGAUACUCUUAGUGUACAUGGAGGCGUCUCUACGGUUGCGUGACCUGAAAAGCCCUCAUGCAAAUCUGUCUCAUCUAUUUGCUGCGCACUGCAUUGGUUAUCCACUAGUGUAUAUGGGAUUUGAUGCAACAUGCUACUUCUCCAGUAUGUUUAAGCUGCGAACUCAGAAAUCAGUUCAGAGCGAGAACGACCUCCACAUGGAUCUCCUGCAACAAUCCCUACCUCCUUACAUGCACCUGUACCCAAAAUUGUGGAUGGAAGAUCCCAAAUAUAAGGUGGCCAAAUCUAGGCCGAUGCAAUACCAGUGUCCAUCCGAUUCCAUCACCUCAGAGGACAAACAAAACAUGGAAGACUGCCUUCAAAUCCACAGACUUCCUGCCAGAACCGAAAGAGACACAAAUCCACAAACUCCAGGAGGCAAGCACCGUGGAGUAGAACUUCAUUUGGACUCUACAUCCAUGCUAGAAAUGACUGAAAACCUACCUCAGGAGGAUCAGAGCAGCAAAGCUCAAAGACCCUCCAAGAGCUCCUUGCCUAAAGUGCACCGAGGUUCAGUAAAUAUCCCUAACAGCAAAGGGGAGAAGAAACAGAAAGCUCCCAAAGCCAUCAACACAACAGGGGACUCUGCUGAAAGGUGCUUGUCAAACAUCUCACCAAGUCCUCCGAACCCACACGCUGAGCAGAUGCUGAAGCUGGAACAAGAAAUGAGGAAGCUGAAGGGAGAGCUGCAGGCGAGCAGACAGAACGAGCAGGAGCUGCGCAGUCACAUUUGUAAUCUGACCAACAGUGAACACAGUCUGCGCCCUGAAGUCUCUCUGCUGAGACAUGCAAAUGAACUGCUGCAAAACAAGAUUCAGUGUCUUACAAAAUCCAGACAGAAGGACAAACAAAACUGUUCCUUGCUGGAAAAGAAAAUCAGAAUGGAAACAGAGGCUCGAGUUGCGGUAGAAAAACAACUCGCAGAAGUCAGAGCCCAAAAAUUUGAUGAAGCAACAAUUUUACUUCGGAGCGCAUCGCACAGGCAAGAACACAGUGAAACUCAAAUGUUGAGGAAAAAAGCUAAAGAUCUAGACUCAGAGUACAAACAACUACAGCUGGAAUAUCAGGAGAAAGAAAAUCGAAUGAUAGCUCUAGAGAAUGAAGUGGAGGUAAAGAACGCGACCCUCCAGAGGAACAGAUGCACGGAGCAAGAAGCGGAUGCUUUGCUCUCAGCUCUCUCCUCCUUGCAGGACAAGGCUCAGCAUCUAGAGUACAACCUAAGUGCAGAAACCCGUCUCAAGCUAGACCUCUUCUCUGCGCUCGGAGAUGCACGCAGACAGCUGGAGAUAGCGCAAGUUAAAAUUAUGAAACAAGACCACGAGGUCAAAGAAAUGAAGCAGAAGCUUGCUGAAGCAAUGGCCGUGGCUCCAGGUAUGUCAUACAUGGCCCCCAGGUCCUCUAUGCCUCAGUACCUCAAGUUUUUCAACUCUGAGCGCUACAUGCUGAAUCCCAGAGCACUCAUGUACCAGUGUCUUAAGAAAUAAGACCAGCGAGGACAAAUCGGACUGGACGGCUUUUGAAGGAUUAUUUUGACUCGACAUUCCAAACACGGGGGCAUCUCUGCUUCAAGGUUUGCCCGAACACUUUGCCUUUUGACAAUGCCAACAGCCUCUGGUGAAUCUACGGCUGUGUUUACUGAUUUCAGCAAAGACACUGAGGCCACUUAUAGGUGACCUUGCUUUGAGAUUCAUUCUAGAUGAAAUCUAAGUUGACUGUAAAUACAUUGUUGACCAGCGGAUGACCAUCGAAUGCUGAGCAAACCGCUGCAAGCUGCGUAAACGGCAAGAUAUCAGUAUAGUGUGAACUUGAUGAGGAGCACAGUUCAUCAUGAGGACAGGAUAUCCUGUGUUGGGUUUCAAAUGAAGAGGCUCUUCUUCAGCCAUGACAAUAACAGGCCAAUGCCUCACUUGGUCAUUCUGUGCCUCAUUAUUUAUGUGAAUUCAAUUUAUAUAACAA